AUGUCAAUAGUGGCCUCAUUUGUUUCCGAAUGUGCCCAAAAUGGGCGUUGGAUUCGAGGGCUUUUAGCGCUUCAGGGGAGUCUCAAUUCUAAGGAAAUGGAUGUUUCUAGGGCAAGGAUUCAGUUGGCGACAACAAUCCUUGACAAACAAUGGUGCACCGCAUUAGCCUUGGUGCGACCGAGUGACAUUUCCUACGUGGAUGAACUAUGUCGCUUUAUAUAUGACUGUUCUAGGAGUGCGUGUGUACCUUCAGACGUCUUUGUUGGCGUCGUUAAAACAUUCCUUCAGGCUGCAGAAGAGAGGAACGAGAAACAAAAUCAGUUGUUUCUUUCGGCAAUCAAGUGGACAUCAUGGAAUCAGGCGCUGCAAUUUUUCACAAUGUUGAAAGAUCCCAAGAGGAAAAGUAUACAGGAACUCUCCGAUUGGCUUAGGCUUAGCCACAUCUUCGGCAGCAAUGACAAGAGGCGUGCCAUAAAUACCAUUCUUACGCAACUACAUUCUCCUUAUUCAAAUCAGCCAAACGUGAAAAGUCAAACUAAACAUAAUCUGCAAAGGGUAAUACCAUUUCCCCCAGCAAUGGGUCACGAAGAAAAAUGUGGAUUAGCUAAUGCCUUGAAUUCGAUAAAAUUGACUGAGUAUCUCAGCAUGACAUCGGCAAUGAGGAUUGCAAACGCAGCGUUGCGUGGGGAAAAUGUUUCGUGGAAACUGGCCAUCUCCCUUGUUUCGAAACAUCGAGUUGUGAAGGAUUCGAAUGAACUGUUUGCCAAGAUGGUCGGAGUGUGCUGUCCGCAAAACUGGUUAGUUGCUUUGGAAUAUUUUCAGUUGGAAGGGAAAACUGCCUUGUGGCUUGCCUCACGUCAGAGUUGGCAGGCCGGUUUAAUAUUGCUGCAGUCGACCUUGCUACCAGGUCGUGAGGCGUACGAUAUUCUUAGUCGAUGUGGCACCCCCAACACAGAGUCAAGAAAACUUAUUACUCUUUCUGGAGCGAGCAAACGCAUGCCUACCCCCAGCAAAAGGGCAAUCGCCUCAAUGCUUGCCAAUGGAUACCUUAUUGAAGAGCUCCAGUUGAGCGCGUUUUCAAAAGUAUGUCAGCGCACAGGGGAUUGGGAGUCUGCUCUACUUCUCUUUAAUCGCAUGGGCACAGAUGAGUUUCAGCGACGCGCCAUUUUGACGCUUUUAGAAUCAUGUCCGAAUAUUACUGCGGAGCAGGUACUUCGACUAGUGAGCGCUCGUCAUCCUGCGAGUGCGUCAACAGCCUCCAUGAUGAUAAAACACGCCAAUAGUUGGAUGCAGGCUCUAAGUAUAAUGCGUCACGUAAUGGCACGGGGGACCCGAUGUAACCCGCAAAUGUUGAGUGCCUUUAUUGAUGUCAAUCCGCCACCUAGUGUUCUUUCACCGGUACUCAAAAAACUGAAACAUGCGACAAACGAAGGUAUCCGUCGUCGUCUAAAGUCACUGAAGAAUGAUGGUUUGUCUUGGUAA